AUGUCGCCCACCCAAGUCAUGUCAAGGCCCUGCCGCUCGCCGUUCCAGAUGGACGGAACACCAGAGACAUACUUUAUGAGAUACCCCGGAGCAGCCGUGCUCCCCUCUCCACCAACUGAACCCCUGCGAACCAAAGCGGAACUUCUCGAGCUCUGCGACUCGGUGCGGACGUCCCUUCGUCAUGAGAAGAGCCUCGGACCGCACGCAGACAGGAUCCAAGGACUCCUGGAGAGAGCCUUGAAGGAGGAGCUUCGACACACUCCCUCCCUAGACUUCGAGACACUUCAACACGCUCGCCUGGACAAGCUAGUUGCCGACGUUCUUGAUCCCGCUCACCGCCCAUCCCCGCUGCCCCUCCGCUUCCGUGCCGACAUGGCUGUAGCCGAGAGCCUUCAAAAGAUGUGGAGGGCCCGAUUCCGCGAGCAGUACUUCGCCCUCGACCAGGUGCGCCAGCGCAGCAUGUCUGCCGGCGGUGAGAUGCGCGACAUCCACUUCACCACUGCCGGCAAGGAUCCCCUCGAGUCUUGGACCGUCCGCAACAGCUGCUGUGAUCCCAUUUCGGAGCUUGAAGGAAACCAGCAGUUCGAGCCUGGCCACUGGUGGCUGAACCUGGCCUGCGCCCACCGUGACGGCAUUCUCGGCACUGCUGUCGAGAAGCCCACCAAGGGAAAAUACGGAGUCACUGCCCUCCCCCUCUUGACCGGCCGCGAGGAGCACGUCUGUGGCAACCUCUACCGAUAUGUCCGUGAGGGCCGUCUCUCUGACAUGCACGUCUCUCUCCUUACCCAAGUCGGCACUCAAAUCCGCAUCCUCAGGGGCUACCGCCUCAAAAGCACGCUGGCUCCCCAGGCUGGUGUGCGCUAUGAUGGACUUUACACCAUCCGCCAAUACGGCAACAAGCUGGACGCCACCACGGACAAGUACCGCCUCGAGCUCCUGCUGGAGCACGUCGAAGGCCAGAAGAGCCUCGAGCAGGUGCAGCAGGUGCCCUGGCCGUCCCAGAUGGACGACUGGCAUGCAUUUAAGAAGGUCGAGGCCGAGAUGGUUCGUCAGCGCAAGGGCGAUGACGGCUUGCUCGACUUCAAGAUGCGCAAGGAGGAGGAGCGCAUCGACCGCGAGCACUGGAGGCGCGCGAGCGAUUUCCGGGCCUCGUUAGGCCAGGAGGGCUGCGGACUGGGGCUGAUCGUGUCUGCCUGA